AUGAAAGACAUACCACGUUCGACUGAUCCUUCGGCGUUAAAACCUCCGGCACCAUCAAUUCGAACAUUCGAAUUAAAAGAAGAAUGUGGCAUCAACAAUUUACCAAAUCAAAUCAUGGCUAAAGCCAUAUCGGAUGGUUUUGUAUUUAAUAUCCUUUGUGUUGGUGAAACAGCUUGUGGAAAGUCGUCCUUACUCGAUAGUUUAUUUAACACACGCUUGGAUUCGACGCCAUCAACACAUGAUAUUCCUCGAGUAUUUCUACGUAAAAAUACUUACGAUCUAUUCGAACGUGAGAUACGGUUAAAGUUAACUGUUGUCGAAACAGCUGGUUUUGGUGAUCAAAUUAACAAAGAUGACUCAUUCAAAGUCAUCGGAGAUUUCAUCGACGCACAAUUUCAGUUGUAUCUCGAUGAAGAAUUGAAAAUCAAACGGAAUUUAUCGAACUAUCAUGAUACACGCAUUCAUGUUUGUUUAUACUUUAUCAAUCCAACAGGCCAUUCAUUGAAAGCGCUGGAUUUAGUGACAAUGAAACAUUUAGAUAGUAAAGUGAACAUCAUUCCGAUCAUCGCAAAAUCGGAUACGAUAUCAAAGAAUGAGUUACAACGCUUUAAGCAAAAUAUUCUCAAUGAGCUGAAUACAGCCGCUGUGAAAAUCUAUCGUUUUCCAACUGAUGACGAAACUUUAGCAGAAGACAAUCUUAAAGCCAAUAAUCUUCUUCCAUUGGCGGUUGUUGGUAGCAAUGAAACAGUCAAAGUUGGAAAUCAAUACGUGCGCGCUCGACAAUAUCCGUGGGGUGUUGUUCAAGUUGAGAAUGAAAAUCAUUGUGAUUUUAAAAAACUACGCGAUAGUCUUAUUGAAAAGAAUAUGUUGGAUUUAAUCGAAACAACACAUUCGAAACAUUAUGAAAUGUUCCGACGUAAUCGUCUUACAGAACUUGGUCUGGCUGAUAAUAUCGACGGAAAACAAAUGUCGAUUAGCGAUACGUUGGACAUGAAACGGAAUGAACUUCGUCAAGAGCUUGAGCAACGUGAACAACAGUUGAAAGAAGCGUUUAUUCAAAAAGUGAAAGAUAAAGAAGCGGAACUGAAAGAAACGGAAAAACAGAUCAACGAACAAUUGACGAACAUCAAGAAACAAUACAAAGAUCAGAAGGAUAAAUGUGAUGAAAAAUGGCGUAUACUCGAACAAGAGCUUCACUUUCUUCUCAGAAUGUACUUUAUUUGUAUCAUGAGCGAAAACAAUGAUGAGAGUGGUGCACCAGCGUGUGUAUUUUUCAAAGCUCCAGCUCGUCGUGGUAAUGCACCAGCAUCAUCCAAGCGUCGUCAACGAUCAUCAUCCAAGUCGUCCGCAUCAUCCUCCUCGUCUGGUGACGAGAGUCAACCAUCAGCAGCAGCACUUCGCACAUCGAAACAAGUUCGUCAAGGUUUAGUUUCGACAACAUCGAGCAAUGUAUCCAGUAAACGUCGUCAACAGGCAGCCAAUAGUGAUGAUGACGAUGCCGGUGAACAUCGUGAACAUACCAACAAGGACAAGAUGUUCGAAGUGAAAUUCAAGUCCGAUCGACAAGCACAGCCACAAGGUCCACGAGAUAUGGGUGCAACUGCAACAGUUGAAAUCGACACAGACACGAAGAAUGAUCAACAAACCAUCUUUGAACGUGCAAAGAAGAUCAACGAAGAACUGAAAGGCAAAGCAGAUGAUAAGAUCUAUCGUGGCAUGAACAAUUAUCAGCAGUUUUAUGAAAAACGUGACACUGUACACGGCAAUGCUAGUAGUGGUCUUGUUCGAAAUAAAGGUCCAAUUCGUGCACCGGCUCAUCUUCGUGUGUCAGUUCGAUGGGAUUAUCAGCCAGAUAUUUGUAAAGAUUACAAGGAGACAGGUUACUGUGGUUUCGGUGACAGUUGCAAGUUCUUGCAUGAUCGCUCGGAUUACAAACAUGGUUGGCAACUCGAACGAGAAUGGAAUGAACAAUCGUAUGGAGCGGUGGAUAACAACAGUCAGCGUUAUUUAGUUGGCGACAAAGCACCCGGUCAAACAAAUCGUUCAGCUGCUUGGUCUGCUUUUGCUUCCGGCAACAAAGAUAGCAAUCAUCACCAUAACCAUGCCAAUCUCGGGUCCGAUGAUGAUGAUGACGAAGAACAGACUGAAGAUGGUUUACCGAUUAAAUGUCCGGUCUGUCGGGAACCAUUCAAAGAACCAAUUGUGACUCGAUGUGGCCAUUAUUUCUGUGAAUCAUGUGCGUUGAGUCAAUUUCGUAUCAAUCCUGCUUGUUCGGUAUGUCAAACACCGACUGGUGGUAUGUUCAUGCCGGCAAAAGAAAUCGUUGCAAAAUUGAAACAACAAAAUCAAUUGAAGGCACAACUGAACAAUCGAACAGCAACACAUGACACUCGUUCAAGCGAUGAUGAUGACGAUGACGACAACAACGAUUGA